AUGGCAUUCCCGUGUCCUGCUGUCAAAGAAGCCAGUUCACACUCAGGCCUUGUGCCACAUAUGCGGAAAUGUGGGCUGACUCAGGUAUAUACAAGGUAUGGAAAAUGCUACACAUUCAAUGCAGAGAAGGAAAAACCCAGGAAGGCGUGGCAGAGUGGAAUGGGGAAUGGCCUGGAGAUAAUGCUGGACAUCCAACAGGAUGAGUACCUUCCCAUCUGGAGAGAAACUAAUGAGACUUCAUUUGAAGCUGGAAUACGGGUACAAAUCCACAGUCAAGAGGAACCGCCAUACAUCCAUGAACUGGGUUUUGGGGUUUCACCAGGGUUUCAGACAUUUGUGUCAUGUCAGGAACAAAGGAUCACAUACCUGCCUCAGCCAUGGGGAAACUGUAGAGGCAAUGUUGCGGGAGAACAGAUUAUCCAAGGGUUUGACACGUAUAGCAUCACUGCUUGCCGUUUGAAGUGUGAGAAAGAAGCAGUACUGAAGAAAUGUGACUGUAGAAUGGUACACAUGCCUGGCAAUGAACCCCUUUGUUCUCCAGCUAACUAUACAUGUGCAGACCAGGUAUUAGAGGCCCUGAUAGAGGAUUCUAGUGAGAAGUGUGAAUGUGAGACACCAUGCAAUAUGACUCGUUAUGGGAAGGAGAUAUCUAUGGUGAAAAUUCCCAGCAACCGAUCUGCACGCUACCUAGCCAAGAAAUACAACACGAGUGAAGACUACAUCAGGGAAAACUUUCUGGUUUUGGAUGUUUUCUUUGAAGCUCUGAAUUAUGAAACAAUUGAACAGAAGAAAGCAUAUGAGUUGGCUGGAUUAUUGGGUGAUAUUGGAGGCCAGAUGGGACUGUUUAUUGGUGCCAGUGUCUUGACAAUUCUAGAAAUUCUGGACUAUAUUUAUGAGGUGAUCAGAGACAGAAUACGCCGGAUUCUGAAGCAGCCAAAACCACAGAUAAAGAAGCAAAGUGACAGUAUAGCAACCCUUGGAGUGGAUGACAUUAAAGUACCUAGUUCCUGUGAGACAUUAAGAAGUCAUCCAGAAGGGGCGUAUUCUACCAACAUUCUACCUAACCAUCAUCAUCACCACCAUUCUCCGCAUGGAGUAUUUGAAGACUUUGCCUGCUAGGCUUAUGGUGAUCAGCUUUGGUGGUGGAUCAGGACCCCAGUGUAGACAUGCAACAACUACAACUAAAAUAAAAAAAAUAUGUUCUACCCAUAGAUCCUCAAGAGACAAGCUACAGCCCAAAGUCUAGCACCAAGCCUGCUCAUACACCCAUAUAUAUAUACAUAUAUAUAUAUGUAAAAUAUAUACAUAAAUUCUCUCUAUAUAUAUAUUUAUAAAUAUAUAAAUAUUACAUACUGCACAUUAAGAAAAUCUCUACUGAACCACUGCAGUAAUAUUCCAUAGUGAAUACAUCUAACUUCUCUUAUGAAUUUUAGACUUGUAGAAUGGAUCUGUUUUCUUUACUUUUUAUAUGAGUAUUACUAUCAAACUCAACAACUUCUGUACAAAUAUUAUUAGUAAGGGACAGGAUAUACUCAUGGUUUGUCUAUCAGCCAUCAUAAUGUUAGUAUGUAAUUUCUGCUUCAGAAAUUUCCAGUGUAUAUUAUCAAGUGCUGUUUGAAAUGUUUCACUGCACCACACUUUGAAGUAUUCAUUCUUUAAUGUAUCAUAUACUAUAUACCCAUUGCAAAAUGUAUAAUCAUUAUAUUAUGAGCUCUGUUCACAGUGAGUACACAAUGAACUGUUUUUAAUGAAAGGAAAGUAUGGUAAUACAUGGACCAUCAGAUACUUUAGAAAAGUGUUUCCAUUUUCUUCUACCAACAAGAAAUUUACAGAAUGACUGUUAUAAUUUACAGAAUGACUAUUAUAAUUUACAGAAUGAUUGUUAUAAUUUACAGAAUGACUGUUAUAAUUUACAGAAUGACUAUUAUAAUUUACAGAAUGACUGUUAUAAUUUACAGAAUGACUGUUAUAAUUUACAGAAUGAUUGUUAUAAUUUACAGAAUGACUAUUAUAAUUUACAGAAUGAUUGUUAUAAUUUAGAAGACCUGUUCUGAGCAGCAGAAAGCAAGAUAGGAGGAUAGCUUUCUUAACAGACAAAUUCACUUUGACUGGGACUUGCAAUCUGAUUUGUGAGUUGUGGCUUGUGCACUUGUUUACUGUGUCUUUAAUGCAGGGAAUAUGUAAGGGAGCAGUAAAGUGUAGCAUGAUGAAAAGUAGCUUUUAUAGAGGCUUGAUUAAUUAAAAUGAUUAAGUCUUAAACAUCAGAUGGGUCCUAAUAGCCACUAGCAGCUAAUCAUUCAAAUACAGUUCUAAGCUUAAAUGUUCUGACCCUUUUCUUAUUGAUUAGGGAAAACAAUAAAGUGGGCUAUCUAGUUAUAGAGGUAUUCAUCACAUAUUGCUUGACAGUGAGCAGACAUGACAUGUGAAUACACAACACAUUCACUAUUGAGUGGAGAACAAAGGUCGGUGCAUUAAAAGUAUGCCCUAGUUAGAUAUGGAAUAUAAUUUCCUAAGCACAAGACAUCAUUUGAAAAUGACUUACUCGAUAAGUAAAAUCUUCAGUCAAGUAUGGUGGAUCAUGGCAAAUCUAUAUCCUUACUUUAGGAAUAGUGGAUCAGUUGAGAAACUGCUUGCUUUUCUGAUAAACGUGGUGAAUCCUAGUAUAACAGUGUGGGUUUGUUAUUGCGGGUUCCUAUUAAAUGAUCGAAGACACAUUCUUUCGAAUGCAUCUUGAUCAAACUUGAAAGCACGAAAAGGCAAA